AUGGGUGAGAUGUCCGCAUACCUUCCGGUCCCCGGCUCAUUCGUCACUCACAUCGGCCGAUUCGUUGAUGAAAGUGGCGGAGUCGCAAUGGGUUGGAUCUAUGCUUAUAGGAUAUUCACUGCGGCCGAUUGCACUGCCCUCACCGGUCUCUGGUCAUACUGGUUUCCCGAUAUCAACCCAGGUGUUUGGGUCGCAUGCACUCUGGUCGUCGUCUUUGCCCUCAAUUGUCUUGCUGUGAGAUAUUUCGGAGAGGCCGAGUUUUGGGCUUCCAUUCUGAAAGUCUUUCUCAUCAUCGGGUUCUUGCUGUUCACAUUCAUCGUGGUAUUGGGAGGCAACCCGCAGCAUGAUCGAAUAGGGUUCAGGUAUUGGAAGGACCCUGGAGCAUUCAAUUCCCAAUAUGUUGAAGGUCCAGCUGGGCGAUUCUUGGCAAUCUGGGGCGUCUUCAACACAGCAGCAUUUGCUAUUGGAGGCCCUGAUUUCAUUGCCAACUGCGCACCAGAAGCCGUCAAUCCCCGAAGGAAUAUCCCCAAGGCCGUCAAGCGCGUCAUUUACCGCCUCAUUGUCUUCUUCAUUCUAUCCGUCUUUGCAGUCGGGCUUUUGGUCCCGUACAACGAUCCAACAAUGAUCUCUGCAAUCGCAACCGGAAACGGAGUUGCCAAGUCCCCAUUCAUCAUUGCUAUGAACAGACUGAAAAUUUCCGUUCUUCCAGAUCUUUGCAACGCCGUCGUUAUCACUUCAGCCUGGAGCUGCACCAACUGUCUCCUCUUCCAGGCCUCCAGAACAAUAUUUGGUCUCGCAAAGAACGGCAGGGCACCUAAAAUCUUUGCAAAAUCUACGAAGAGCGGCGUUCCUUUGCCAGCUCUGAUACUGUCCACCGCCGUCGCUUGUCUCGCCUUUUUGACGUGCAACACUGCUUCAGCCGUUGUGCUGAAUUGGUUUAUCAAUCUGGGUUCGACGGCGAUCAUGAUUGCUUACAUCCUCAUCAUGGUUGCCAAUUUGAGGUUUCACCAAGCUUUGAAGGCGCAAGGUAUUGAUCCGUCAACACUGCCUUUCAAAAGUCGAUUCACUCCAUACUCGAACUAUUUUGGCAUUUUCUGGGUUGGACUCAUCCUUCUUACCAACGGAUAUGCCUCACGUUACGAGAAAUUCUUGGACUGGCUU